AUUGUUGCACCAAACUCCAGAGCAGGAGUCCCAGGACUGCACAGGCUAUGCGGCGUCACCCAGCUUAGGAGGUCCAAGGGCGGGAGCAUCACUCCGGUGACCCUGAGAAGCGCGAUCGUCAGAGUGGAGCAGCACUGUCGUUCUUCCCAAGUUGAGCCUUAGUGACCCUGUGGCUGAAGUUAGUGACUGGACUCUGGGCAACUAUACCCAUCUCCAGGAGUGAGACUUAGGCACUUUCUAGUAGUUGUGACUUAAAGAAAAAAAAAAAAAAAAAGGAAACCUGUUUCUGGAGAUUCGAGGCCCCUAGCUGGUGAGCCAUCGUGGUUAACCUUCUUUGUGUGGCUCCUAGAGUCCUCGAUCCCAGCUGGACACCCGGGCUGGGUACAAAGCGGUUGUACAGCGUUGCGCUCCUUGGCUAGCGCUCGAGCCUCGGUUUCUCUACCCGGGCCCCGUCUCGUCGCAGCAGGAUGAUCGCCUCGCAUAUGAUCGCUUGCUUAUUCACCGAGCUCAACCAAAACCAAGUGCAGAAGGUUGACCAAUAUCUGUACCACAUGCGUCUCUCAGAUGAGACCCUUCUGGAGAUUUCUAGGCGGUUCCGGAAGGAGAUGGAGAAAGGACUAGGAGCCACCACGCACCCUACUGCAGCUGUGAAAAUGCUGCCCACCUUCGUGAGGUCAACUCCGGAUGGGACAGAACAUGGAGAGUUCCUGGCUUUGGACCUCGGAGGAACCAACUUCCGUGUGCUUCGAGUACGGGUGACAGACAAUGGCCUCCAGAAGGUGGAGAUGGAGAACCAGAUCUACGCCAUCCCUGAGGACAUCAUGAGGGGCAGUGGAACCCAGCUGUUUGACCACAUUGCCGAGUGCCUGGCCAACUUCAUGGACAAGCUACAGAUCAAAGCGAAGAAGCUCCCACUGGGCUUCACCUUCUCGUUCCCCUGCCACCAGACGAAACUAGAUGAGAGUUUCUUGGUCUCAUGGACCAAGGGGUUCAAGUCCAGUGGUGUGGAAGGCAGAGAUGUGGUGGAUCUGAUCCGGAAGGCUAUCCGGCGCAGAGGGGACUUUGACAUUGACAUUGUGGCCGUGGUGAAUGACACAGUUGGGACCAUGAUGACCUGUGGUUAUGAUGAUCAGAACUGUGAGAUUGGUCUGAUUGUGGGUACUGGCAGUAAUGCCUGCUAUAUGGAGGAGAUGCGUCACAUUGACAUGGUAGAGGGUGAUGAGGGACGGAUGUGCAUCAACAUGGAGUGGGGAGCAUUUGGGGAUGAUGGUACACUGAAUGACAUCCGCACCGAGUUUGACCGAGAAAUCGACAUGGGCUCACUGAACCCUGGGAAACAGCUGUUUGAGAAGAUGAUCAGUGGGAUGUACAUGGGGGAGCUGGUCAGGCUCAUCCUGGUGAAGAUGGCUAAGGAAGAGCUGUUGUUUCAGGGGAAGCUCAGCCCAGAACUCCUUACCACUGGCUCCUUCGAAACCAAAGAUGUAUCAGAUAUUGAAGAGGAGAAGGAUGGAAUACAGAAGGCCUACCAGGUCCUGGUCCGUCUGGGUCUGAGUCCAUUGCAGGAGGACUGUGUGGCCACACACAGAAUCUGCCAGAUUGUGUCUACACGCUCGGCCAGCCUGUGCGCAGCCACCCUGGCCUCGGUGCUGUGGCGAAUCAAGGAGAAUAAGGGCGAGGAACGUCUUCGCUCCACCAUCGGUGUCGAUGGCUCUGUCUACAAGAAACAUCCCCAUUUUGCCAAGCGUCUUCACAAGGCUGUGAGGAGGCUGGUGCCCGACUGUGACGUUCGCUUCCUCCGGUCUGAGGAUGGCAGCGGCAAAGGGGCUGCUAUGGUGACAGCGGUGGCUUACCGGCUGGCUGACCAACACCGGGCCCGCCAGAAGACCCUGGAGUCCCUGAAGCUGAGCCACGAGCAGCUGCUGGAGGUCAAAAGGAGGAUGAAGGUGGAAAUGGAGCAAGGUCUGAGCAAGGAGACACAUGCUGUAGCCCCUGUGAAGAUGCUGCCCACUUAUGUGUGUGCCACCCCAGAUGGUACAGAGAAAGGAGACUUUCUGGCCUUGGAUCUUGGAGGAACAAAUUUCCGGGUCCUUCUGGUGCGCGUGCGUAAUGGGAAGCGGAGGGGUGUGGAGAUGCAUAAUAAGAUCUACUCCAUCCCACAGGAUGUCAUGCACGGCACUGGGGAAGAGCUGUUUGACCACAUUGUCCAGUGCAUCGCGGACUUCCUUGAGUACAUGGGCAUGAAGGGUGUGUCUCUGCCGCUGGGUUUCACCUUCUCCUUCCCUUGCCAGCAGAACAGCCUGGACCAGAGCAUCCUCCUCAAGUGGACAAAGGGCUUCAAGGCAUCUGGCUGUGAGGGCGAGGAUGUGGUCACCUUGCUGAAAGAGGCAAUUCACCGGCGAGAGGAGUUUGACCUGGAUGUAGUUGCUGUGGUGAAUGACACAGUUGGGACUAUGAUGACUUGUGGCUAUGAAGACCCUCAUUGUGAAGUCGGCCUCAUCGUUGGUACUGGAAGCAAUGCCUGCUACAUGGAAGAGAUGCGAAAUGUGGAGCUGGUGGAUGGAGAGGAGGGACGGAUGUGUGUCAACAUGGAAUGGGGGGCCUUCGGGGACAAUGGCUGCCUGGAUGACUUCCGCACAGAGUUUGAUGUCGCUGUGGAUGAGCUCUCUCUCAACCCUGGCAAACAGAGAUUUGAGAAGAUGAUCAGUGGCAUGUACUUGGGCGAGAUUGUGCGCAACAUUCUCAUCGAUUUCACUAAGAGAGGUUGCAUUAAAUUCACCAAAUAA